UCUUAUCAGCAGUGGGAUAUAUAUAUAUAACAGUAAUAAACACCAAAGUUGAGUCUGUUCGAAGAGUUCGUUAGUUCCAGUGUUUAUUUAAUUGACCUAAUUGAUUACAACAAAUAUGCCUGUCUUCCAUACGAAGACAAUAGAGAGCAUCUUGGAACCGGUUGCACAACAGGUUUCAAGACUGGUCAUCCUCCAUGAAGAGGCUGAAGAUGGAAAUGCCAUGCCUGACCUGGCCCAUCCUGUACGAGCUGUGAAGGUGGCAGUGGAUAACUUAGUGCGGGUUGGGUAUGAUACGAUCAACAGCAGUGAGGAUCAGAUACUGAAACAAGACAUGCCACCUGCCUUAAGUCGUGUUGAACAAUCUUCGGUUCUUCUCCUCCAAGCUUCGGAACUCCUCAGAGCUGAUCCAUACUCAGGACCAGCUCGUAAAAAACUGAUUGAAGGAUCAAGAGGUAUUCUUCAAGGGACAUCUGCCCUUCUUCUUGCUUUUGAUGAGUCUGAGGUACGCAAGAUUAUUCGAGUCUGCAAGAACGUUCUUGAAUAUUUGGCCAUCACAGAAGUGGUUGAUCGUAUGGAAGACUUAGUCACAUAUGUCAAGAAUUUGAGUCCUGUGUUGACCAAGAUGACAAAAGAGGUGGAUAACCGUGAGAAGGAGCUUACUCAUCAGGUUCAUCGGGAUAUGCUUGUGCGAUCCCUGGAACAGGUUAAGAACUACACCCCAGUUCUUAUAAGUGGUGUGAAGAUCUUCAUUACAGCAAAACAAACAAGUCAAGGCAUUCCUGAUGCACAGAGUGGGCGUGACUAUAUAGUGAAGAAGAUGUCAGAUGAGAUUCAUGAGAUAAUCCGUGUCCUGCAGUUGACAACGUAUGAUGAAGAUGAGUGGGAUGCUGAUGACCUCACCGUCAUGAAGAAGUGUCAGAACGCCAUUGAGGGAAAAUUGCAGCAGGCAACCGACUGGCUUCAAGAUCCAACAGCUCUGAUUGGAAGUGCAGGAGACAAAGCUUUGAGACAAAUACUUGAAGAUUCAAAAAGGAUUGCUGACAGAUGCACUAAUCCUGCAGAGAGAGAAGCCAUUCAGAGAAAAAUUAGUGAUAUUGAGUCAAUGUCCAAUGCCUUGUCUGAACUACGCCAGCAGGGCAAGGGAAACAGUCCUCAGGCCAUCAGUUUAGCUAAGGAAAUUCAGAGCAAGCUCAAGGAGCUUCAGCAGAUGACUCACAAUGGCAUUAUGAAUACAGAAAGAAGUGGCAUCCGCAAACCUGCGCCAACUGUUGAGGGGAAGGUGGAACAAGCACGCCAGUGGUUAGCUAAUCCUGGAAUCAGUGACAGUGGACUUGGUGAAGAGGCAACCAGGAUGGUAGUGAGUGAAGGUCGUCGGGUAGCCCAGUGCUGUUCUGGACCUCAGCGACAGGAAUUACUGCGUCUGUGUGAUGAGACAGAGAUCCUUACUAAUCAACUGUCGGACUUGUGUAGAAAGGGACAGGGAAAUACACCACAAGCAAAGGCUGUGGCAAGGAAUCUUUCUGAAAAGCUGGCUUCCCUCAAAGUGAAAAUACAAGAUGUCCUGGUCAGCCAGGUUGCUGAAGAUUUUAUUGACAUUUCCACUCCUCUCAAGCAGUUGUCAGAGGCUGCUGUGGUACCACUAGGAACUCCAGGAAGAGAAGUAAACUUCAAUGACAAGACACGGAAUUUUUCUUCUCACUCUACAAAAUUGGCUGAUACAGCUAACAUGGUGGCUACAGCAGGAGGCUGCCGAAGCAAGAAGACAGUCCAGUCCAUAUUUGAUUCCUCAGCUCAGGUUAAAGAUCUUACACCUCAAGUCAUAAAUGCUGCCAGGGUAGUUUUCCAAAAUCCAAACAAUCCUGCAGCACAGGAACAUUAUGAUCUCCUCAAAAAGCACUGGACAGACAACAUGGAACGCCUGCGCGCUCUUGUAGAUGAAGCAGUAGAUACAACAGCUCUCAUAAAGGCUGAAGAGGAAGGAAUUCUGCGGGACACAGAGAGAAUAGAAGAUGGAAUACGGUCUAAUGACUCCCCAUUAAUUGUUGCCAAUGCUUCCAACAUAGCACGAAGAGCAAACCGAGUUCUGCAAGUUGCCCAUAAUGAAGUGGACAAUAGUGAGGACCCUGCCUUUGUCGAUAGAGUGAACAGCGCUUCAGAAAAUCUGAAAGCAACAAUUACACCAAUGGUACAGAAUGCCAAGGUGGUUUCCAUGAAUCCACGAGAUAUGAAUGCUGGCAGCAACUGGAGAAAAGCAAAUCAAUCUCUUAUUCAUGCUGUUGGUGGCGUGAGGGAGGCCGUGACAGUCAACAAGCCACUAGAUGGGUACUAUGGACAUGCUGAUCAUUUCCCUCCACCACCUGACAUGUCACAAUUGCAUAUCUCAGCUUCAUCGUGUGUAAAUCAACUUGCUGUUUCAUCGAAGAGAUGGCCUUCCAAAGUUCCCCAUAAGGAAUUUAGCAGCACUAUGCAUAUCCAGCAGCAGCCAUUAAGUGCAUCUCCCUACACCAUAGUAGUUGAUAGUGAUGCUGGUAGAAGUGUGAUGGCUCGAGCAUCUCUACGAGGCAGCCAGCAUCAGCCAGCGCCAGGAUGUCCAGUGACAACCCCACCAGUGCCACCGCCACCACAGGAUAUGUUCCUGUAUUAUGACUAUGGAUCCAGAGAAACGGCUCCACCUCGUCCACCCCUGCCUUACGAGACUGCUCCUCCCCGGCCACCUCCACCAGAGACAGAUGAUGAGGAUGAAACAGCUUUCCCCAUUCCUCAGCCAAAUCAACCCAUUAUGAUGGCUGCACAUGCUUUACACAUGGAGACUAAACAAUGGUCCAGCAAAGACAAUGAGAUUAUUUCUGCUGCAAAGAAGAUGGCUUUGUUAAUGGCAAAACUUAGUCAACUUGUACGAGGGGAAGGGGGAACCAAAAAGGACCUGAUUGCCACAGCAAAAGGUAUUGCUGAGGCAUCCGAAGAAGUAACAAGGCUGGCAAAGAAGUUGGCUGCCGACUGCACAGACAAAAAAAUGAGAAUGAAUCUACUGCAAGUUUGUGAAAGAAUACCUACUAUUGGCACGCAGUUGAAAAUCCUAUCUACUGUCAAAGCGACAAUGCUUGGUGCACAAGAGCCUAUUCCUGCUCCUGAUGGAAGUGAAAUAGCCUGUGCCCCUACCACUCUGGCUGGCCUUGACAUGCAGGUCCAACAAGGAUCUGAAGAAGAUCAGGAAGCGACGGAGAUGCUGGUUGGAAAUGCACAGAACUUAAUGCAGGCAGUCAAAGAAACUGUGCGUGCAGCAGAGGCUGCAUCUAUCAAAAUUCGCAUUGACUCAGGAUACACAAUCCGUUGGCUGCGUAAGAGACCAUGGUAUACCUAAGUAUCAUCAUGCGAGUCAGAGAAAAGAUGGACUGGUGGAUCUUUGUCAUUAUAAACACUCUUAUAUCAUCAACAACUUCCUGUACAAAUAUACACAGCAUACUGGUAACUGUAUUUAACAUUAUAACUUAUUAUUCUGUUGGACAGUGACACAGUGUAAACAUAUUACCCAUUUAUGUUCUGUAUAUCUGGGAAUCCAACUUUGUAUUGAUGUGUAAGAUCCAUGAAUGGAAAUGGGUAAUUGAAGAAGAGAUAGAAUUAUCUAUAGCAUUAUUGCAUCCCUAACUCUUAGGCCACAAUGCAUUAACCAAAUUUGUGAACUAAGUGCAGCAGGAGGCAGAUAAACAUGCUGUUCAAGCCAUUUGUGUACAUAUCUGUUGACAGGUGUGACUCACAUGGAAUGUUUUGUAAUAUGUAGUAAUUUUCUUUGUCUGCAAGAUCGCCCCGAUUAUGUUUCUAAAUUUGUCAGCACCAUACCCGUGCUCGUGGGUUUCACCAAAGUGGUAAACGUCUGAGACCUGCAUCACUUCUGGCUUUCCUCCCACAUUAAGCUGACAUGCCAUGAUAUAACUGGAAUAAUGUUAAAAGCGGUGUUAAACCCAACUCACUCACUUUGUCUGCAAGUACUUGGGGAUCAUAGCAUGAUAUGAAGCGGUGUGGUAUUGAGGCACUGAUUCAUUCAUUAUGGCCUUGGUCCUGUGUAGUACUCUUCAGAUCAAUGCAAUAUAGUCCAUAAUUUCAUCUGUUUUCUUCCUAAUCAGCUAAGAAGCUCGCCUAGGCUAUAAGCUUCAGUAAGGUGACCAUGUAUUUGUCUGUCUUCGUCUUAAAUUUUCUUGUCACAAACUAUUGGACUGAUCAUGACAUGACAAGGAUUGACAUUUAUCUUGGGAAUACCUUUUAUCAAGUUUUGAUGGAUUUCCACCAAUUUUGGAUUUGACCCAGUAAUAUAGUAAUGAAUGCAUGUCAAAUUCAAUAAUGAAAUCACAUCAUCAGUCAAUAUGAACAAGGUUACAGGUUACUGGCACAGAUUGUGCUUGAGAUAGCAUGAAAAAUGGAUGAUUUCUUCAACUGAAAUAUUCAGUAUUAAUGAGGUCAAAGGUCAAAUGAUUUUGAUAAAUGCAACCUGAUAAUGUUACGUCCGUCCUACAAAGCAUUCUUAUCACUAAGUCGUUCAUAACUCCCAUACUUUUAGCACAGACUUACCACAAUCAUAGUGCUAAGAUAACUUUGUGGAAUGGGGGCCUUGAUUAUAACUUAUAACAAACAAAGAAUUCUGUCAAACUGGGUUGGGUUGCAGUAAAACCCAAAGAGGUAAACAAUUAUCUUAGAUGAUUUUUACACAUUGUUUUCACAUAAUCAAUGCAUGUAGAGCCUUUUUUCCAUAAGACUCACAACAGGUGAUACCGAGAUGUCCAUACUAUUGGAUCUUAGAAUAAGACUAACUGUACAUGAUUUUAAGUGUAGCCUUGAUGCAAUGAAAUAUUAAGUGACCUUUUAGUACUUUGGAGGUUACCUUACAUAGCUUAAAUUUCAAAUAAAUUCAUAAAAAUCAUAGCAUUUUCAAAUGACAAGGCCACUUUGGUGGGGUCUGUCGAUUAAGGUAAAGAUUUCUAGAAUCCUUAUUGUCUUGGGAGAUUAACUGGAGGGAUAUCUUCCUGGCCCUUUUUUUAUCACUUGUCAAAACUCUUGAGCAAUGAUGCGCUUGAGUAUGAUGCUUUGCAAUUUCCAGGUGUUAGUGUUGUAUCUGGAACAGUAGAGAGCUCUCUAUGUAUACGAUAGAGCAUGGGGUAAGGUGCAUAUGAUGUCUUGUAGAGGAAGUGUCCUGGGGGUAUGCACGCAUGGAUCAUGUGAGAACAUCAUAAUGACUGCAUCAGUAAAUGUAUAUUUUAGUAGACCUGUGAAGAAAUUUAACUAGCACCUAUUCUGGUGAUUUUUUACUUCCAUUAGAUGUUAUUAUUCUGCUGUGGCCCUUCUAAAUUCUUUUGGAACAGUCAAAUUUCAAGCUCACGAGUUAGAAAAAUGUCACAAAAAUGCUUGUGGUUACAUUCACUCAAAACAUAUCUCCUGCAUUAAUAAUUAGUCUCAGUAGGUAUAUACUUUCUGUAGGAUUAGGGGAGAGGCGACUUGUGUUGGUUAAUGUGCUGUGUCUGCCACAGGUCAAGGUCACUUCCGAGGUAGCCUGGAAUCACGUCUUCCAUCUCCAAGUGUAAAAGCUCAUUCAUUUUUUAAAAAUCGUUUACACCCUGUUACUGACAUAAUAGUAAUCAUGUAUUAUGAAUAGGGUAUGAAGUUUGGAAAAUAAUAACUAGGUGAGCUACACUGCCAUGGUACAAUGUUUUUGAACUAUUCUUAAAUAAAUAAAUCUGUUCUCAAAUGUAGGCAUUAUUCUACAGGUGAGGCUGAAUCUCGUUGCUUACCAGUACAAUUAUUUAUACUCCAUACUUUGCAGGUUGAAAUCCAUUGCUUCUGUUUAUCUAAGAAUGAUUUCUGCAUAAUAAUUAAUGAUCUAUGAACCAAAGAAAAUUAUUUCAGUUAAUGUGUUGGUUUCCUAACGGCAGAAUAUAUUUUGUCAUUGCAGAAAUUGAAUAAGUCUAUGGUGUGUGUCAAGAUUUGUACAAAUGACACCCAAUAUUAAUAUAUAUUUGUUUUCAAGUUGGAACUUCUAUAACAUACAUGUACUUCCUUAAAUAUACUAUCAGUAUACUUUAUUUCAAAGUAGCUUUAUCUCCUUAUCAUUAAUUAGUAGAAAUAUCAUCUAUUACCAUAUUUUUGUCAUACUUGUAGAUGCAUGUUCAAUAAACAAUAAAAUGUGAAAAAAC